GCGGCUAACGGCGACAUUUCCUGGACCUUUUCUCCUUCUAGAUUUCAUUUGUUUGUCUUUGUCGUGCUUGUUUGUGUGACGAAGACUGUGAAAUGGUUGUGUUGAAUAGCAAUAACGAUGAGGAACAGGAUGUAAUGUCCUCGUGGUGGCGUAGUGACUUGCCUCAAUCCGGGUGGCGUCUGAGACCGUCAAUCCGUGCGUUUUAUGUGGCUUGUUGAGCGUGUUUCCGCGGAGACAUGGUGCAUGUGGAGGCUUAAUGCUAUUCUCCGUGGCAUCCACACACGACUCUCCACCAGGGGUGGUAGUCAGCGUCUUUACUCGCUGAGCUACCCAGGACCCACUUACAUUGAUAUGUUGAACAUUGUGUAUUAUUUGAGAUGUAAAGUUGUUUCAGUCAUAAUUUUUUUUUUUUUGGUCAUUUUAGAGUUUUAGGUUUUACGUCGUCAUGGCAACGAAAUUGGAUAUAACUUCACACAGAAAACAUUAGUAAGCGGUUUUAUCACUAAAAUCAUUCUCGCAUAUAUUGUUUACAUCUUGUGGCUAUACUUUUGAAACUGUUUAUUUUAGGAUUAAUGGACUGGCCCCAUUCACUUCCAUUAUAAGUGCCUAACUGCAAUUUUUAUUUUUUUUAAAUAAGGUACAAGUUGAAAAUAUUCUUUGUGGCAAUCAAUGUUAUGCCAUAAAUGCUGCUGAUUGAGCGUAACUUUUUUUUAUUUAUUUUUUUUUUUAACCUGGAUUAUUUAUCUUUAAAAAAAAUAAAAUCUUACUCCGGUAAUCACAAAUAUCUGUAAAGGUAAUGGAAAUUCAUUGGUCAAGAUGUGUCUGAAUGUGAUGUUAAAUUUAGUAGUUGCAGCUGGACUAAUUUCUUUUUUUGUUGAAGGUGUUUCGUCAGACAUUUCAAAUGUUUACAAUUCAAGACAAUCAAAUUGUAAAAGCUGAAUGUUACAUGUCCUUGCAUUUAUUUUAAUCUGGCAGCCUGGUCUCAUGAUGUUACGUGAGCAUUGCUACGUUUUUGCAAAACUGAAAUUACAUGCUUCAUUACACGUUUGGCUGCAGUUUUCGAGUGACAUGUCCAGCGGAGGGUGCCAAAACCGAGUGAAAUGAGGUUGUAAUUAGAUGAGGUUUUAAGGUGAAUUUUACAUUUGUACCUUCCUAACCUAAAACUUUACCCUAAUCCUAACCAAUAGUGUCCGAAAAGAUAAAUGAGAGUUUAACAAAACAGACAUCCUUACCCUAAACCAACACCGAACCCUUACUGAUAGUGUUUUAAAGUGCAAAUUAAAAAAUAAAUAAAAAUAAAACUCAUUAAAUGAAGCAAUCACAUCAUUUUGUGUUGCUUCUAUGCCACUUUCACUUUCGUGCAUCUUUGGCUGCACCGAACUGGCCAUCAAGCUCAAAGUCCAAUGCUCUAUCAGGUGAUCAACCCAGCAAGCUGAUGACUUAAGAAGUGUGUAUUUGUUGGUGGGUCUGUAAUGAAAGUAUUAAAAUGUUUUGUUUUUCAAAUCAUGCAUUAAAUUAAGUGUUUUGAUAUCAUAACAUAGGGUGAGUAAUAGAGUGAAAAAUAAAAUUUUUAUAAGAUCAAAAUAAGCGCCUGUACUCUUUGUAUGUCAGUGAUUAAACCACACAGUUGUUGUAGCGCCUCUAGUGUUCAUUUCACCAGGAAACUGCAGUGAAACGUAGAAAGCGGCACAUACAAGUCAGUUUGCAAAGAUUUGUUUAGAUUAAUGUUCAUUCUAUCAGACCAGGUUGGAAAAUCUACCAUAUAGUAUUUGUCAUGAAAAAAAACCUAAUAGCCUAAACACAUUUAGAAGCCAUUAACUAUACAACUUUCACAGUGAAUAAUUCCAUGAAGUACACGAAAAGAGAUGCUAGGUAGAUUAAACUCCACCAGUCACCAUUCAGUUUCAUUGCACCUUUUUCCAUAAAUGGAAAAAUACAUGAAUCUUUUUUCCAUUCAUAGAAGAAAGUCCUAAGGGUUUGGAUCAAGAUACAGGUGAGGGAAUGAUUAUUUAAAAUAUAAUUAUUAAUAAUAUGUCUUAAAGAUUUGCCCUAAUCGAUUUAAUGUGCAUCUGUACCAGUUAGUGUUACUGCAGCAAAAACAUUUUUAGAUGAUGAUGUGUAUUUAAAAAAAACCUAACGAUGUUGAUGCAUGUCACACUGUUGUCUCUAAUUCAUCAGUGCUGUUUAUAAUAUCAAGUCUGUUUAGCAGUUUGAGAGGUUUGACUUCCUCCAUAAAGCGCUUUAAAGAAGAAGAUUAUUUGUAGAAUUCAAAUAGGUCACAUAAGUUUUGUGGUCACCGCGAUGAAUACAAUUAAAUUUGCUUCGGCUGGGCCUGGGUAGCUCAGUGAGUAUUGAUGCUGACUACCACCCCUGGAGUCGUGAGUUCGAAUCCAGGGUGUGCUGAGUUACUCCAUCCAGGUCUCCAAAGCAACCAAAUUAGCCCGGUUGCUAGGGAGGGUAGAGUCACAUGGGGUAACCUACUCGUGGACACGAUUAGUGGUUCUCGCUCUCAAUGUGGCGCGUAGUAAUUUGUGCGUGGAUCACAGAGAGUAGCAUGAGCCUCCACAUGCUGGGAGUCUCCGCGGUGUCAUGCACAACGAGCCACGUGAUAAGAUGUGCGGAUUGGUGGUCUCGGAAGCGGAGGCAACUGAGACUUGUCCUCCACCACCCGGAUUGAGCCUCAUUGAGCCACGCUGCUCAUCUCUUCCCAGCUCUCCUGCAAAACGUGUUUCUCCUGCCAAAAAGAAGCAGUUCUUUAUAAACCAGGCCAUCCGUAACUCUGACCUCACUCCUAGAGCCAAGGGAAGGAAGAGUCUGAGACGACAGGAAAACACUCGCUUCCUGGACAAUCUUUUGGAACGGGACGAGUGCUCAAAAGAGGAUGGUGAAGGGUACGAAACAGCAUCACCAACCAUCUUCACUGAAGCCUGCACCAAUGGAAACUAUGUGGAGUACUGGAGUGAUUUUAUGAAUCGUUCUGGGGAAGAGCAAGAGCGACUGUUGGCUCUGCUGGAGGAGGAGGCCCAGAGGAUCCACUCCACCAAGAGCCAUAAAGACCAAAGAGAGGGAAAUCCUGCCUUCAGCACUCAGGAAUCUUUCCAGAAGAUUGAUCGAAGAUUGCGUGCAACGCUAAGACGCAAACAGAUUCCCAUGGGAGUGUUGGAGGGGCUGGAGUCAGAUCUGCUGGGAUUCUUCAUGGCACAUCCACACUCAAUUUACAUUACCAAACUCAGCAGCAGUUAUGAGCGACUACUGCUUCAUGCUGUCUGCCAAUACAUGGAUCUGAACUCUGCUAGAGACCUCUGGUUAACAUGGAUUGACCCUUAAACAUCAUGCAUGUCAACAUGAGACUAGUGUUAUAACCUGCUGUUGUAGCCUUUUAAUGAAAGUAGAAAUUAUGUGGUUUGUGUAACUUUCUAGAGAUUGGAUGGUUUGUUUAUAUUUCAAAUAUUGUUUUUAUCAUUAUAAUUAUAAAGUUUACAUUUAUUAUUGUCUUUAAGAUUUUAAUUUGCAUUGGUAAUUUUCCACCUGUUGUCAUAGACGGAUAUUUACGUCACGGCAAAAGGGGUCAAUGGAGGAAGUUGGAGACCUUAAAUGUUUGGAUUUGGGGAGGUGGUUAUAUAAAAUUGACUACUUUUUUGUUCUGUUUGAAGUGUAAUUGAAAUUUAGAAAUGUUUUUGGUUUAAGUUUUUCCAAUUUCAAUAAAUCACUGGUUCGUCAAUUCGUCUAACACAUUAAAGGCAAAAUGUCGUAUGGAAUAUCUUGGAUGGAGAAAUGGAGCAUGGAUGUAACUUAAGGAAGUUUUUGUGAGUAUGGUGUUGAAUACAAUGUGCUGAGCCGCCGCGCUCUUAUUAUAGAUUUAGAAAGCUGAAUUAAAAUGUUGAAGUUUAAAUAUUGCUUAUUUCUUGGACAAAGUGUGCUCUGAAGUAAAAUGUAUCAAAUCAUGGAUAAGAAUUCUUGAAAAGAGACUUGACUUGGAAGUGAAAUCGAGCUUGAAAUCAUGAUUGCCAAGGAGAGUGCUGUCAAGAUGUACAAUGAAAAAGGAGUUACAUUUUGGUCUGUUCUCACCCAAAACCAACUGGAUCACUUCAGAAGACAUUUAUUUAACCACUUGAGUUUGAUGGAUUAUGUUUAUGCUGACUUGAUCCCCCUUUUGAAGCUUCAAAAGCCUGGCCACCAUUCGCUUGCAUUGUAUGGACCUGCAGAGCUGAGAUAUACUUCUAAAAUUUCGUUUGUGUUCUGCAGAAGAAAGAAAGUCAUACACAUCUUAGAUGGCAUGAGGGUAAGUAAAUGAUGAGAAAAUUUUCAUUUUGGGAUGAACUAAACCUUUUAAGGUGAAGUUAACUAAAAGAACCAAAAUCAUGCAUACAUACGCUUUCCUCAACCCAGGCAGCUCUGCAACAUUCUGCAUGGAGAUGUUGAUUACACAAGUAAAUGCUGCUGGAAGGAAAAUGGAAACACUACUGAAAAACAUGGGACAGGAGAAGCCAGUUUCAAGUUAUAGAAUCUUUGGUUUAGAAGUGGCUGUUGUAAAGGAAAAUUGAAUCCUUAAGUUUCCAGACGUGAAUACUCAAAAUCAAAACCAGUCAUCAAAGAGUUAAAAAAUGGUCACUGUGAGAAUGUCCAACAAUAAGAACAUGGCACAGCAAAGAGUACAAGGAGGUUAUGAGCGAUGUCAUUGCAAAAGGGUAAGCAGAAAUUGUCCCCAGUUAUCAACUGGAGCUAGAGAAUUGAAAGGUGUUGUACAUAACACACUUUAGAGUCGAUCACAAAUGCAAAAACAUUGCGUGUGGUGUUCGAUUAUGUCAACAUUCGGUGGAAAUUCUUUGAAUAAAAGAUCCGGACUUGACAAAUACACUAAUAGGAUUGCUGCUUUAAUUUUGUCAAGGUCCCAUUGCCUUCAUGAAAGAUAUUGAAGGAAUAUUCCAUCAGGUCGCCAAGGACUAUGUAAAUUCUCAGCGCUUUCUCAAGUGGGCCGCUGCAAGCAUACUGUAACCAUCUUGUGCUCUUCAAGCUCUUUCACGGUUCAUGUAUUUGGAGCAGUUCCUUCCCCGAACUGUGCCACAUUAGCCUAUUUUAAGACUGCCGAUGAUAACCAAAAUUACAAUGCAGAGGAUGUCAUUAACACCAUCAAACAGAAUUUCUAUGUUGUUGAUUGUUUAAAAUCAGUCAGCACUGUGGAAGAAGGCUACAUUUCUGUAUAAGCAACUAACAGAAGUAUUUGGAAAAGGAGGUUUCAGACUUAAUAAAUGGAUUUACAAUUACUGUUCUGUCCUCGGAGUUAUCUCGCAAGAAAAUAUAGCUAGGGGAGUGAAGAUGCUGGACCUCCUCAACAAAGAUCAGCUUCCAAUGGAAAGAGCUCUGGGUGUUCAUUGAGAUGUGGAGCAGGAUGCAUUAACUUUCAGUACUACAAUCAAACAACACAUGACAACAAGAAGAGGCAUUCAAUCCAUUGCAAGUUCUAUUUACGAUCCUCUGUGUUUUCUGGCACCAAUCAUUCUUUCUGCCAAUCAAAUUCUGCUAGAUUUGUGUAAGAUUAAGGUUGGAUGGUUUAAGAAUGUCCCAUUAGACACUGCUCAAUAGUAGUAAAGAUUGCUGGAUGAGCUGGGUCCUUUAAAUACGUUCAGCGUAAACCAAUGUUUUACUCCCAAAUAUUUUGGGAACGUAACAGCUGCACAGUUGCACAAUUUUCAAAUCAAAUUUUUGGGGUACAUAAGUUCUAAACUGAAUCCAGCAGAUGCAGCCUCAAGAAGCAUGAAGACUGAUGUUUCCUAAAGCUUAGAUCAUUGGCCAUGAUUUUCUCUCAAAACAGCCAUCUCACUGACCAGGAACAACUGAAGAAUUUAACUUAAUCCUUGAUGAUGAUCCAGAUGUGAGAGCAGAGAUAUCUCGCAUCGUGAUAAAUGAAAAAUUAUGCCCAACUAGCAGACUCUUGAACUACUACUCUAAUUGGAUGCAUCUCAAAAGAGCAGUGGCAUUGAUUCACAAGUUCAUAAAAGUUCUUAAACCGCAAACAGAGGAACGAAGAGGAAUACAGAACACAAUCAGUGAGUAGAAGAACUGUGGCAUGCAGCUGCCCAGACAGCAACACCUUGAGAACCUGAGCAUUUCAACUUUUGAAGAUUUAGCUAAAGCAGAAAAUGAAAUGUGUUUUGUACAAAGACUGGCAAUCAGAAGAUUUGUAUGUCGGUGUGGCGAAGUGAAGGAAAUUUGCCCUUAAUCCUAAUGAUCACAAAGCAUUAACAAUAAACCACCUCAUACAUAUCAAAGCAAAACUAGUCCUACCAACUGGUCUGUUUAGGAAAGAGGAUUUAUGUAUUUAAAGACAUCAGAGACAAGUUCAGAACUUAGCAGACUUAUUCUGGAAGAGGUGGGUGAAAUCUCCCUAUGAUGCAGGAACAUCAGAUGUAGAACAAGGUUUUGACAUUGAAGUUUUAGUACUUGUAAUGGAUGAAACUGCACCUAGAAACUCAUGGCCCAUGGGACGCAUUACUGAAACAAUGGCAGAUUCAAAAGGAUUUGUGCAUUGUGUUUGCAUGAAGACACAAACAGAUGAAUUGGAAAGGCCCAUUAAUAAGCUAUGCCUAUUAUUGGAAGCAGUGUAGCACUGCCAACUUGUCUUUGGAGUCAAAGAAUGAAACUUUUGACUCUACAUUUACACUUAAACAUACACUGACAAGCACACAUUACACCUCAUCACUACAUGACAUUUUGUCCUUUUUUGAAGCUUCAUGAAGAUUCUCAUUUUUGGACUUUUUCUUAUGGACUAAAGUUUUUGUGUUUUUGAAAAUGAAAUGACUAAAAUGCAAAGGAUUAAAGUAAGAUAUGGACUUUAAAUGGACAGAAAUAUGAAUAUGAAAAAUGUCUGUUUAGAAGGCCUGGUAUCUUGGAAUGGCUACUGAUAUACUUUGUUGUAAGUGCUUGUAAUACAACAAAUUAGAGGUUGGAAUGUUGUGGCCAUUUUAUGAGAGAUAAUAUUCAAUUCAGUCGUUAUUAUUAUGUUUACAUUUAUAAUUGUCUUUAUGAACUUAUUGUUAUUUUUCCAUGUUUUUGGGGAGCUGGUUAUAUAUUAUUAUUUUUACCACUUUAUUUUAAUUGCUUUUUCCUUUCAUUUGAAAUGUAAUUUAAUUAUAUUUCUAAAUUCAAAGUUUUUCCUAUUUCAAUAAAAAUAAUAUUUUUAAAGCAAAAUCAAUUGGUGGAAGUAAAGUGUGUUCAAAAAUCACUGAUCCCUAGCUUGAUCAAUGGCCUAACCUGAUAGGCCACCACAUCUAAUAUAAAAUGCCAUAAAGUCUUUAUCUAUAAAAACCUUUUCUGUGCUUAGCUAUAUAUAAUUUUUCUCUUGUCAUAGCCAUGAAAAGCCAAUAAACACUGUAACUUCUGGAUGAUAUCCACUCAAGGAUGCAAGAGAGGGGCAUGACAUAGCUAUUCUUAAGUACUGUUAACAUGGAGCAAACUUCACCUACAGGAAUAACAUCUAUAACACAUAAACAGAAGUGCAUCUACCUAUAACAUCAGUCCAAGUAAUUACUAAGUGCUUUAACAGAAAUAUGAGCUUUUAAACUCUUCGGAUUGCCUUGCCCCAUAGUCUGUUGUAAGUGCAUUACAUUAAAUGCAUAAUACAUUUGAAUUGGGGUGGGGGGAAUAGUAUAGCUGAUGAAGAACGGCAGUGGUGUCAUUUUGGUCAAUUUAGUUUUCUCUUAACUUAUUUUCUCUUUAUUGAUCCUUUUCUGUUCUGAAAUAUUUUAUCUUUCUAGAUGAAGAGAUAUCUGUCAAUAUCCCUGUCAUUAAGAAAGUGUAAGUCUAAUGGGUAACAGCAAAUUUACAGUGCAUCCGCGCUGGAGAUUUAAAUUUUAAACCACUCCGUAAACAUUUGGCCAUGACAUACCCUACCAGUCAAAAGUUUUGAAACACUUGACUGAAAUGUUUCUCAUGAUCUUAAAAAUCUUUUGAUCUGAAGGUCUAUGCUUAAAUGUUUGAAAUCAGUUUUGUAGACAAAAAUAUAAUUGUGCCACCAUAUUUAUUUCAUUAUAAAACUAAAAUGUAAUUAAAAAAAAACAGUUUUUGAAAUUGAUGACUUGGACCAAAUAAUAAAGAAAAGCAGCCACUAAGUGCACAGCAUAUAGAUGGGAACUCCUUCAAUACUGUUUAAAAAGCAUCCCAGGGUGAUACCUCAAGAAGUUGGUUGAGAAAAUGUCAAGAGUACAUGUCUGCAAAUUCUGAAGAUGCUAAAAUAUAACACAGUUUUGAUUUAUUUUGGAUUUUGUUUAGUCACAACAUAAUUCCCAUAGUUCCAUUUAUGUUAUUCCAUAGUUUUUAUGACUUUACUAUUCUAAAAUGUGAAGAAAAAAAAUUAUAAUAAAGAAUAAGUGUUUCAAAACCUUUGACCGGUAGUGUAUAUGAGUGAAGCAAUUCCGCAAUUGUAUUAUGGACCUCCAUUCGAAAAACUUUCCUUCACAUUACAGAAAAAGAGUUGAUCUGGCAAAGAAUGAUCAUACAGUGUUUUUAUGCUGCCUCAGUUCUGACAGUCAAUUCAUGUCUUGACCGCUGUGCAUGCGAAUCAGAAAUCAACACUCCUGCGAAUAAUACAUUGUUUCCCACAAUUGAUUACUGUGUAAAUACAUUUCACAAUUACAUUAAAAAGUCUGUAAACACAACAUACUUUCCGCAUUGAUGCGGCUUCUAUGUGGAGUAAAAUCACUCUAGUUAGGUCAAUAGAGCUGUUCAGCCAUGAAGUCAAUUUGUAGGUGAACCUGGAAGUCUAAUUCACCAGGGGUUCCCUCUGUAUUUUCCUAUGGGGUUUUAUAAUGGGUGUUUUUUAACUUAUGAGUAAAAUAAGAUCUGUGGUUAACAUUAAUGGUUAACACGAUGAUA